ACCAACGCCUUCCUUCCGUGGCUCUUUUUCUCGGCACCUUCAUUUCCCGUCUUCAACUCUCUCUCUCAAAAAAAAAAGAAAAAAAAAGGUAAAAGAGCAAAGUCAUGCCUAACGAUUGCAGUAUCAGAGCACUGUGGAUCCUCAACAGUUUCGACGCCGUCGUUUUCUCCAGGAGGUUUCCGGUGGUGGAGAAGCGGUGGCGAGCUGCUGUCCAGAGUGAAAAAGAGAGCUCCGUCGAUGAUCCUGUUAAGUACACUGUAUUUUCUUCGCUUCCCUCCGAUUCAGAGUUAGCUGCCGCUUUCUUUGAGAGAAAGGGAAGGGAGGGGUCUGUCCGUGGAUUUGGUAUACGCGUAACACAGUCAAGAGAAGGAUCUGAUUCAUGGGUUGAUGAUCCAAUUACGCGUCAUAUUAUAGGCCUUUACAUAAACAAAGAGGAGGAAGGAGAGAAUAAUCUAUUGUGGCCCUUAGCAUUGCACAUAAAGGGUCCUUAUUGCAUCCUUAUACUGCCUUUAGUUGAGCCCAGGCAUGUAAAGGCUUAUGCAAAGUUGUGUCAGAGAUCUGAUUGUGGAAAUGCUGUCAUGACCGAUGAACAUUUAUCUUCUCUACUCCUUGAUCUUCCAUCCAUCACAGGGGCAUUCAUGGUGGCUCAUGCCAUUGGUGACAUAGUUACUGGGGAUGUAGUAGAACCUGAGGUGGUUGUAAGUGCAUCACCAUCAGUAGGUGGGUUGUUAGAUUCACUAACUGGAAGUAUUGGGAUAUCAGGUAUCUCCUCAAGGGCAAAACCAGUAGCUGCACCUGUUGCAUCUUCUACGCCCUCUGGCACUGCUGCGAUAGGAGCUCUUGCAUCUGAUGUUCCAAAAAUUGGUUCAAGGCUUUUGGAUAAAGAUGCACUUAGAAGUUUCAUAAGUAGCGCAAUGCCUUUUGGAACACCCAUGGACCUCAGCUAUUCCAAUAUUUUUUCUAUCAAGGUUAAUGGCUUUUCUUCAUUAGAUAUUCCUCCCCAGGACCUCAAGCAACCAGCAUGGAAGCCUUAUCUGUACAAAGGAAAGCAGAGAUUGCUAUUCACCAUUCAUGAAACUCUUCAUGCUGCCAUGUAUGAUCGAGAUGAGAUUCCUGAUAGAUUAUCAGUCUCUGGGCAGAUAAACUGUCGAGCAGAAUUGGAAGGACUGCCUGAUGUGUCAUUCCCCUUGACAGGGUUGACCACAGCUAAGAUUGAGUCUUUAUCAUUCCAUCCCUGUGCUCAGGUUCCAGAACAAAAUGUGGAUAAGCAGGCUCUGAUGUUCUCACCGCCUUUGGGUAAUUUUGUUUUGAUGCGUUAUCAGGCAGCAUGUGGCCUUGGACCUCCUGUAAAGGGAUUCUAUCAAUUGUCUAUGGUCUCUGAGGAUGAAGGUGCAUUUUUGUUCAAAUUGCGUCUAAUGGAAGGUUAUAAGUCCCCUUUAACAAUGGAGUUCUGUAAUGUGACUAUGCCUUUUCCUAGAAGAAGGAUUUUAUCUUUCGAUGGGACUCCAUCGAUUGGAACAGUUUCAAAUGCAGAGCAUUCUGUCGAAUGGAAAAUUAUAACAAGUGGACGAGGACUUUCAGGGAAAAGUAUUGAGGCAACUUUCCCUGGAACAGUUAGGUUUGCACCAUGGCAGACACAAAGAUUAAGUUCCUUUAGGUCAGUUUUUGAAGGCACAGCAGAUGAUGAUAGUGAUAAUGAGACAGAGAGUACUAAUAAUAUGGUAAAUGUGGAGGAGUUCUUGAUGGAGAAAAUGAGUAAGGAUCUUCCUCCAGUUGAUCUAGAGGAGCCAUUUAGCUGGCAGGCAUACAACUAUGCAAAAGUAUCUUUCAAGAUUGUUGGGGCAUCAUUAUCUGGAAUGUCGAUUGAUCCCAAAUCAGUAAGCAUCUAUCCUGCUGUAAAAGCACCUGUGGAAUUAUCAACUCAGAUUACUUCCGGGGACUAUAUCUUGUGGAAUACAUUGGGGAAGUGCCCAUCUGCUGUAUCUGCAAAAGUGUAACGAAAAGCAUACAAUACAGCUCACCAACAGAGACGGACUUUUACAACAGGGGCAGGCAAUGCAAUCGGCUGCCCCAACUGAAAAUGCUACAACUUUUGUUUUUGUUGUAUUAUGUAAUUACUGCAAGUUCAAGAAUUUGGUAUUUUAUUUUAAAAAUUUAAUUAGUACUUCAUAUUACAUAUCUAACAAAGAUUUUGUUGAUCGACAAGAAUUUAAUGUCUUCUAAAUCAUACACAAAACUCUAUAAACAAUUACAAGUUAAUAA